CAGUAAGCUCUGUUUCACAUGUCUUUCACAGUUCACAAUAAAUUUCACAUUUCGAAUUUCGAAUCUUUCUUCCCCAAAUCUCUUCUUUUUUUUCGUUUUAUAUAUAUAGAGGAUGAGUAUGAGAGGAGAAGCUGAAGCUUGGCCGGAGAUGGAGGCGAUAGCUAGGAAGAUGGUGGAGGAAGUUGACACAGAGAGCAGCGGAUCGUCCGAAGCUGAGACUGAGUCUCCAAGAUCCGUUGGACGCUGGACUGCUAAGGAGAGAGUGCAUAGCCAGGUUUUAAAGAUCAGAGAGGAGGAUCUUUGCGUUCUCGAGAAUCGUCGAUAUCUUCAUCGUCCACAUGGUCUCGGUUUCUUCUUGAUCUCGAGGCCGAACUUGCCGUGUUCGCCUCUCAGUGGCAAAGUGAAAUCCCUUAACGCGAUUCAUUGAUAUGACUCUCCCAUCGAUCAAAGGUGUUCUGUCCUAAUGCGUUUUCUUUUUAAUUUCUCUGUUUUUUCUUUCUUGUUAGUUGUGUUACUGGAAGAACUCUUUAGAGAGAGAGCCUUUCUCUUGUCAUAAUGUCAUGUGUAUAUAAACCGUGAAUGUAUAUAUGAGUUCAUGAAACUUUAUGCUAGACUUUUGUUUACAUA